UUUGCGGACCAGUUACGGAAAAACCCAUUCCUAAAGAAACACGCUGAAAAGAAAGGUAUUCCAUCCUCGCCAUUAGACUUUUUUGGCUGUAUGUUUCAUUUUCUCUUUAGGAAAAAUACAGCCAUGCUACAUGCUUUACAAGAAGCAAAGUCUUACCUUGGAAUAAAGCCCCCUCUUCUUGGAAUUCACAUUCGAACUAGCGACCUCCAUUGGGGAAACACUAACAAGCAUUCUUACCGUUCGCAUAAUUCGACUUUAUUCUUUCUUUGUGCACGUGAACAAAAUAAACUGAUCCAYGAAAAAGUAAAUUCAAGUCUGGAUUUAAAAUGGUUUUUGGCGGCAGAYGAUAAAGAAGUUAAAACCACAGCAAAACAUAAAUACCCUAAAGAAGUCAUCACUCUAGAUAUAAUACCACGUCAUCUAGACUUUGUUCGUCAAAAUAACGAUUUAUUUAUUCGAGAUAUUUUGCUAGAUAUCUUUCUUCUCGCUGAAUGUGAUUAUCUUCUUCUUACGUCUGGAAGCAGUUUUAGUCGUUUGGCAGCUGCCAUAGGAUUUCAUGAUAAGUUCAGCGUGACMACUGAUGGUGAACAUUGUCAAGUAAACCAAACCUCACUAGUCAGGAUUAUAACUCAAUCUUUAAGAAAACAUAGGCAUUAGUGAUUAYAYUUUAUUGUAAAUCARUUAAAUAAGC